GUUUUUAUAUUUCCCACUGCACGCGAAGGGAGCGGGAGACGGGAGGUGGAGAGAGGUAGAGGAUGAACGACAGCGAGAGAGCAGGAGGGGAAAAACAGCAAGAUCCAGCUAACGCCAACACUGUUAGCCUGUUCACCAGAAACAAAAAGAUAAAACUGGCUCCGCAGAUAAAAGCAAAUUUAACGGUUUUCUUUAACUAACAUGCAACUCCACGAACACUUCGUCGAGUAUGUUUAGGACGGCAGAAAUGGUGUACCGGUAGUUAGCUAGGUUACCCGUAAAGACAAAAAGGGCAUCUCUCUCUCUGUAUCUGUCUUUGGCCAUAAUCUUCGGAUGAGAGUAACUGUAUAAACAGAGAAAGCCUCCCGCUGCCGGCCUCAACGGCUCCGGUCCUGGUUACAGAAACGGUAGGGGAGAAAAAAACACUACACGGCCAACAUGAAAUUCACAGAGCAUCUGUCAGCUCACAUCACCCCGGAGUGGAGGAAGCAGUACAUCCAGUAUGAGGCUUUCAAAGAGAUGCUGUAUGCUGCUCAGGACCAGGCCCCAUCUAUUGAAGUCACAGAUGAAGAUACAGUCAAGAGGUACUAUGCCAAAUUUGAGGAGAAGUUCUUCCAGAUGUGUGAAAAAGAGUUGGCCAAAAUCAACACCUUCUACUCUGAAAAGCUGGCGGAGGCUCAGCGGCGAUUCGCCACGCUGCAAAACGAGCUGCAGUCCUCGCUGGAUGCCCAGAGGGAGAGCUCGGCCAACGGAGGGGGCCUGAGGAGGAGGAAGACGGUGUUCGCCCUGUCGCAGCAGGAACGAUGCAAACAUAGAAACAUAAAGGACCUGCAGCUGGCCUUCUCAGAGUUCUACCUCAGCCUUAUACUGCUGCAGAACUAUCAGAACCUGAACUUCACAGGUUUCAGGAAGAUCCUGAAGAAGCAUGAUAAGAUCUUGGAGACAUCAAGGGGGGCCGACUGGAGGGUGGCCCAUGUUGAAGUAGCUCCGUUUUACACAUGCAAGAAAAUCACACAGCUCAUCUCUGAGACUGAGGCAUUGGUCACCAUAGAGCUGGAAGGUGGUGACAGGCAGAGGGCCAUGAAAAGACUGAGGGUACCUCCACUGGGUGCUGCACAGCCUGCUCCCUCGUGGACCACCUUUAGAGUUGGCCUUUACUGUGGAGUAUUCCUCGUCUUAAUAGUCGUUGUGAUCAUUACAGGAGCUGUGGUGAUCCGUAGUUCUGAUGUUUGGCCAAUGGUCAGGAUAUACAGAGGAGGCUUCCUGUUAAUAGAAUUCCUCUUCCUGUUAGGCAUCAACACCUACGGUUGGAGGCAAGCAGGUGUCAAUCACGUGCUCAUAUUUGAGCUCAACCCCAGAAACAAUCUGUCCCACCAACAUCUGUUUGAGAUUGCAGGGCUGUUGGGGGUGCUGUGGUGCGUAAGCCUGCUGUCCUGUCUCUUCAGUGACAAGAUCCUGGUGCCAAUGCAGGCCAAUCCUCUGGCUCUCUAUGGGGUCUUCUUCCUCUUCCUCAUCAACCCCUUCAAGACCUGCUACUACAAGUCACGCUUCUGGCUGCUCAAACUCCUGUUCCGAGUGGUGACCGCUCCGUUUCAUCGUGUUGGGUUUGCAGACUUCUGGCUGGCUGACCAGCUCAACUCUCUGGGGGUGGUUCUGAUGGACCUGGAGUACAUGAUCUGUUUCUACAGUUUUGAGCUUGACUGGACGAAACACGACGGACUCAUCAGCAAAGGUAAAGACGUGUGCAACUCCUACUCCUACGGCGUUCGAGCUGUCAUCAAAUGUCUUCCUGCGUGGUUCCGAUUCGUCCAGUGUCUGCGACGUUACCGUGACACCAAGCGGGCCUUCCCUCACCUGGUUAACGCUGGGAAAUACUCCACUACCUUCUUUGUUGUUACCUUCUCUGCCCUCUACAGCACACACAAAGACGCAGGCUCUGAAGCCCAGAUCUUCCUCUAUUUGUAUAUUGGCUGUUUAGUGGUCAGCUCAUGUUACACUCUGGUCUGGGAUCUGAAGAUGGACUGGGGACUGUUUGACCGCAACGCAGGAGAGAACACCUUUCUGAGAGAGGAGAUAGUCUACCCACACAAGGCCUAUUAUUACAGUGCCAUAGUAGAGGACGUGCUCUUGCGUUUUGCGUGGAUUUUAACUGUCUCCCUCACCACAUUCCUCAAGUUUGAUGGUAUCUCUGACAUAUUGGCUACAGUGCUGGCUCCACUGGAGGUGUUUAGGCGCUUUGUGUGGAACUUCUUCCGAUUGGAGAACGAACAUCUGAACAACUGUGGUGAAUUCAGGGCUGUCAGAGACAUCAGUGUGGCUCCGCUCAACGCUGAUGACCAGACCCUCCUGGAACAGAUGAUGGACCAGGAGGACGGAGUCAGAAACCGGCAGGGCAAGAAGAGCUGGAAGAGGAGCUACAGCAUGAGUCUACGCAGGCCACGGCUGGCCUCACAGUCCAAGACCCGCGACACCAAAGUUCUCAUAGAGGACACAGACGAUGACUCCUGACAUCAGGCCACGCCCCUCGCCUGGGUCCAGAAUUUAUUCAAAGGAGGAAACUCCACCUCCUAACUGAGGAAUUACCCAGAGAGUGGGCGUAGAGCUCCCAACCAAGGAUGAGUUUGAAACUCAUACCUACAUAAUCUUUUUUUUUUUUUCUCUCUCUCUGAUGCAUGAGCCUCUGUUUGGGUUCAGAACUGUUUCAAGGGAGGAACUUUGACCUCUUGAACAAACAGCCCAGCAACGUGGCCAACCUGCUGUCAAUAACCGAUGGUGGGCUUAUCACUUAAACUCUACCUUACCAAGCAGUGGGUGGAAAAACUUUACUUUGACAUCAAUAGCCUCCCAGAGGUGAACUCUUAAAGUACACCCACUCCUCCGCCAUUGCUUGGGCUUCUUCUCAAAGCCUCAGCAUAGCAUGAACAACACAGCUGAGUGAAACAGAAUUGACGUUUUCCAGUGCCGUCUCAGUGCCACACUAUUCCCAUACAGGGAGAGGCCAACAAUUUAAGCUGUCCUUUAGCUGUCAGCAUCCCACACUCCCAGCAUCCAGGAACUGAUUGGACAGAGGCCUUGAAUAAAUUAUGUACUAUUGGUAGCUGAAGAAAUUAGAAAUCACCCAAUACUUUGGACCUUGGAAUGAAAACAAAACCCUCUUUCUACAACAGGGGUUAAAAUGUGUCCUCCUCCUCCACAACAGACAAUGCAGACGAACAACUUGUAACUCCAUUUAGUCACUGGAUUGACUUCCCUGUGCUCUUCAGCUUGCCCACUCAGUCAUCACAGAGCUGCCUACCUGCACCUUACAUGCUUUAGAAACAAAUCACACAGAAACGUGCACUUUGUAGGAAAAGCGAAUUGGAACGGAAUACUUAUAGUUUGGACGCACAGACAAUGAUUUUUAUGUGUUUCAUCAUUUUUGGAGGUGCGACACUCGGCCAUUAUUCUUUACGAGACCCUGGGAAGAAGACAAAGAAACUUGACAUUUUAUUUCUAAUGGAGGUUGUAAAUAUGAGAUGGACCAAAGUUCCCUUGUGGAAAUAUUCAGAAAGUACCACACAGAUAAAACUAUAAAGUUUUGAGUUCAUACUGUUUGGAACAGCAGCUGGAAUGACUGUUCGGCUGUGGAGCUGAGAAAGAAUUUUACUUCUUUUUUGGAAAAAGAUGAUGAUCAUCCUAUUGUAAUUCCCACUCACCCUAUGUGAAAAUAUCCUCCACUGGGAAAAUGAUCCUGCUUGAAUGUAUGUCAAAUUAUUUGUAUAUGCGUAAGUGGGAGAGCUGCCUAAAUGCCACCUCAUUUAGGUUCGAAGAGGAAGGAACUUUUAUGUUGUCCCCUGAAAUCUUGAGUGAAAACCUGAAGAUGGUUUGAGUAGAAAGUGUUGGUUUAUAGAGCCUGUCAAACUGGCUCACUCACAUGUGACAGUGGUGAAAAAGGGAGAGGUCACCUGUCUGUCAUCAGUGUCUGUUUAUCAAUUGGCUGGUGUACUUAAUCUGGAAUAACAAUGACAGGCUACAUACAUGCUAGGCUAACUUGGGUGUAACUGGGGGUUGAGCUUGAUUGCAAGAAACAACAUGUCAACGCAGCAGAGUGACGUUUAUGACCUAACGUCUGAAACUGCCGUUCUUAGAAACCCUGCAUUGAUGUACCCAAGUUGUUUCUUUCUGAUAGUGAAGGGGCUCGGCUGCGGUUUGGCCUCCAUGGUUCUCUAUCAGCAACAAGUCACACACAAUUACCAAUACAUCGUCUGCAUAUCUGCCCAAACUCAUUUCAUAAUAAUUUUUAACCAGUGUCACUUGGUGCUGCCAAAUCAUCAGAGCCACAAAAUGAAAUCUUCCGUUGUUUCUUAAAUACAGGUAGCUUGAUAACACUGGAGAAAAAGCUUUCCUAAAUGUUGCUCACGGAGUGAAGAUGAUGGAUUUGUUGCUUCCUUUUCACAUUCCAAAAAGUAGUCUGCACACUUUUGCUUUGUGUUUCUGGUUGGACCAGCAUCAGCUCCCGUUGGGGUCUUAAAACAAUCCUAGAAUGUGUUGAGUUCUCAUUUUUGCAGUAAACAAUUUAAUAAGCCAGCGAUUCAUUUUUUUGCAUUAUAAUUUUUCAUAAUUCGUGGAUGCGUUUGAAAGUCCUGGACUUGUGAUGUCCUGUAGAAAGCUCUGAGUUAAGCCAUCAGUGAGCAAUAAGUCUCUGCCUCUUAAGGGUUGUGUGCACUUUAAUGGGAACCUGCAUUUUUCCUUUUUCUUUGUGAAAGCAGUCUCGGUGGCUCUGGCUUGAGGAGCAGCAUUUACGUUCUGGUAGCAUUGGUCAUACUUUGAUUCUACUUGUUUUACUGGUUAUUUGCCUCAGUGUAGUGUUAGAGAGCUAUUUGAGUUCUCAGAUGCAGAAUGCAUCAAAAUACAUUUUUCGUGGUUAUAUUUUUUUUAAUGUUGUUAAAGCCCCAGAGCGAAUGUCUUUAAUCCUCAAUUAAUAUAUAUUUCUUACUUGAAAUGAGAAGCAUACUUGUUUUUCUCUCUGGCUAGAUUAAAUUGGCAUUUGCUAUUGUCCUGUAACACAUGCUAACAUUCCAUUAGCGUCAGUGUUUUCCUCAUUAUUAUAAAAACAAAGACAUGCAAAUAUAUGAAUUCCAUAGUAUAUAAAAGCAUGUAGACCUGAUGCUAAAUAUUCAGGUUCCUCGCGUGAUGUCACGCACACGUUGCCUGAGACUUGUCCUCCAUAUUGAGCUUGAUACAACUUGGAGCUACUUGGUAAAAAUGGGUAUUCCCUGACCUGUUGGCGAGUGUUUCCUGGACGUUCCUGGAUGUUGCUUGGUGAAGUUGGUUGCAAAGAGAGUGCUGCAACACAAACCUGCUUGCAGUUGCUGUGGUUGCUAGCAGAUUGCCCAUAGUUUACAUGGAAGAUGCUGAUUUAUCUACAAGCGGCCUGCAAGUGUGACACAAUCUGGGAUUGGAAAAUGUUUCCCUUUAAAGUAAAAGUUGUGCCUCAGCACUGCAGCCAACACAUUUCAAAAGGGUGCAGGCAUUACUUUGAAGGCUUCUGCAUCUGGUUUGUGUUGCAAUUUUCACAUUAUCACUACCACUCAAAGAGUAGUUAAUAAGUGUUUGCAGACAAGUUCACAUCUUCUAUGCAAUGUGGGUGACUGUGGCAAUAUGUCAUGGACCUCUUUGUGACCAAUUUCACUGAGAGACUACCAGCAACCAGUCACCAACCACUCAGCAACCAGUCACCAACCAGUCAGCAACCAGUCACCAACCAGUCGGAAUAUGUGCUUUACCCUCACGGCUGGUGGUGAUCAGAUGGUUAUUCAUUCGACCCUACAGUGUCACAUGUCAAAAAAGGUGGACAGGUUAUCACCACAGGGUGAGUGGUCAUGUGUCUGUAAAAACUUAAAUAUUAUAUCUCAGCUGUAUAAAUUGCUCAUCCAGUUAAGCUAAUGCUUGCUAAUGAUAAUUGGAAAGCUUGUUAGAAUGGAAGGGUUUGUUUUUUCCUUUGAAAUAACUUCGUAUUAAAUGAAAUGGUGUUCAGAGGUGAUCAGAAUAUCAGAGGAAGUCACUGGGGGUGACUAGCAUUAGCCAAGACGUUUAAUGUGUUGGCUGUUAGCUCGAUACAGAUGAUAAUAAACUAGCUCUGUGAGUGCUUUUGCUACUUAAACAAGACAAAGUCAAAUAAUUUGCAGAUUGAUUUUGUUUUGCCACUUUCACUCAUGGCCAGGACUUUAAAAUGCCUCCAUGUGGUUAGCUGAGUACGAAAGAUGACAAUCAGUAUUUUGGCAGUCCAGGAGUUGCCCUAGGGAUGCAAUGGUGUCAGUUUCCAUCCAGAAUUAAGCUAUAAACUAAAACUUGAGCUGUAAAAAGUUUGGAUAUUAAAAACUUUCCAUGUUAGCAAGUUCUUAUGAUAUGCUGAAGUACUAGGUCUAGAAAUUUAGUGUAAAAAUGAUGAGGUGCAUUUUUCUGGAUCCUGCUUCCCUCUUUUUCUUUCAUGUUAGUUUGUGGGGAGCCGGUGUUUUGGUUCAGUAUGGAUAACAUUUGCUUUAAAAGGGUCAGCAGACUGGUGCUAGUAUAGAGCUUUGCUACUUAAGUGAGCACCCAAAGCACUUUUUCUGCUGCAAGCCUCAUUCACCUAAUCACUCACACAUUCCUGCAAGCACUUUUUUCUAUGCCUAGAGCACCUUUUAAUCUAACAAUCACAGAGCGACCAUUUAAAAACCCAACUUUAUUCAUUCAUUUUAAGAGGUGCGUUUAUAAGUUUACAAGCAUGUAGCUGUCUGUAGCUCUCAACUGUUCUCAGCUGCUGAUUUGGAGACUUAAAGAAGGAGCUCUGAGUUUUCCUUUCUGCCUUUUGUUGCAUCACUAGAGCUCAGGGUUCACCUCUUUCACAGACUCACGGAGAGCUUGAAAAAAAUGAGGUAGACAGGAUCGUCCUCCUGUAACCUUUUAUUCAGAGAACAGGUCUGCGUUCUAAAAUGCUCCAUCAUUCCACCCAAAGAGAAGCGCGUCCUCCGUUUUGUACUUUUACUUUGUAAUUCCUCAGGUUUUCACAUGGACACUCACAUCAGAUUACUGUAAAGCCAUUCCUGCAUGAAUGAACAGCGUAUUUCACAUUGACAGGAGAGCGGGAGAUGCAAUGUGAUUAAGAUUUUGUACUCAGGAUAUUGUGAGCACAUUUGCACCUUAGCAUGCUAAUUCACAAGCAGCCGUGACGCUUCCUGAUUCCUGUCAGGCCCCCCCACCCCCCCAUGCCAUCAAUUUGUGAUUGUACUAUUUGAAACCUCAGUGUGUUUGUUUUCUACAUGGAUAUCCUCAGAAGACUUGCUUUAUCUUAUAAUGUGCAUCCAAAUCCAGGAAAUGGACCAAAUAGCAUAGUUUGUUGCAGAAAGUCCAUGUUGGGCUUCUUUUAAUUUAUUUAAAUUUAAUGCAUCAGUUAUUUAAAGAUUUCAGCUGCAGGCAGGCUGACUUGGCUCUGAUGGAUUUGGACCCUGUGACACGGAGCUUUAUUUCUACACUCCACUUUUGUUAGCCUUGAAAAACAGAUUUUAAGUACAGAUGUUUGAGAUUGUGACAGACAGGUGUAAUCCUCUUCCCUUGUGCAGUUAUCAGUCAGAUGAAGUCCACAGUAGAGCAUAGGCCUGGGUGUAAAACGUCAGUAUGAUUUUUGGUGUUGUCAGAAAUGUUACAGAAUGCCAAAAGCUAAAAUUGAAUGUUUUAUCCACUUUGUGAUUUUAUUCCUUUUGCUUUGUUCACAUACUUUCAGAUUUCAAUCUAAAUGUACUUUUUUUUUUUUUUUGCAAAAUGUUUUUGGAUGACAUUUGACAAGUUUAUGUUUCAAAUAAAAAGUUGUAUAGGGAGGUGUGUUAAUAUUUCAGUACCUCAGCAGGUGAGAGAUGCCCGGGCCGCAGUCUAGAAAGGUGGAAUCUGCUGUUCUUUAAAAAUGUCUUAACCCUCCUUUCAGCCACCUGAUUUCUCAACAUUUCACUCUGUACCAGCUGAUUCUGAACUAGAGCUCAGUAACUCUUUAAAACACUCUGAAGUUCAAAGGGCACUCUUAAAGGUUUGAUGUUCUCCUGGGGAGCAGCAUUAGGUUCUGACUACACAAUAUGGGAUGGUCACUAUGACGGGUAUUUUCCAGCAUCUUGGCCAAGAGCCAUAAUAGGUGUGGUCCUUGACCAUAAUCUGUAUAUAAAAGAUGGAUGUAGCCUCUGUGACAUCACCCAGUGGUCAGUGAAUCCUCACCUUCCUGUUUUCAUCCAUUUUUCUUAACUGCUUAUUAGGGUUGCCGGGGAGCUUGAGCCUGUUCCAGGUGACAGAGAGGGAGGGCAGGAGAGCAGGGGCUGCCAGCCCAUCACUGGGCUCAAACUCAACAGCUUAGCUUAGCUUAGCAGCCAGAUGUCACGGGAGAGUAGUGGACACUGCACACUCAGGUGGUAGUGACUCGUAAAUCACACAGUAAACCAUACCUGGAUUUAUCCUCCUCCUGGAGUCCAGUGGAGACCAUAAUGUACAAAAUGAACAACAUCAGGUUGUGUUUGCUAAGAUGUGGAACUAACCACCAAAACCAUGAACUCAUCACUGGGAUCACAGAUCUACCCGACAGAGUUCUAUACAAUUCAUAGAUGGUGUAAAAGAUGGAUGGAUGUCACUACUCUGACAUCACCCAUUGGUUUGGGUGUUUCCGCUCAUCCGUUGCCAUCUUGGAUGCAAAGGCCCCGACGUCACGGGUAGAGGAGGGUCUGACUGUGAAACCCUUAGUCAUUAGCCAGUGAUACCACACAUAAUCCUUAACUUUGACCAGUGUGACCAAGAUUUACAAAAUAGACCUAAUCUUUUGUUUAGUGCGACCCAACAUGAGUGACUGAACCCAUAAACUCAGUAGGAAGGUGUUUACAGAGGUGCAGACAGAAAGCUGUUUUCUCAUAGACUUCUGUAGGUCCAGAAGUCUUUCUGCAGUCACAGCUGACCAUCUGGUGGCCUUCAAAUAGAGCAGGUUUUUGGGCACUUCUGCGUUAGCAUAAUUUUUCUGUCACAGAAACUAUGUUCAUACUGUCUGACACAACCAGAAGUGUUUUUAUAACCACAGUAGUCGCCCCCUGCUGCUUUUGUAUUUCACUUUUCAGACCUGGAAAUUAUGCUCAUCUUUUAUAUAGUCUGUCUUUGACCAGUUAUUGUGUUUCACCCCCUGCGUAAUCUCAUCAGGAAGGAGUCCCCAGCUUUUGGAGUUGAGAGUGAAGCUCUGAGUGUGUCGUCUUGUUUGAAAAAGCCUUAAAUGCCUACAGACCUCCAGGUUUACUAGGAGGACAGUGUGGGCUGUCUAUGCUUUUUCCUUCACUGUGAAAGCUCUGUGCUCACUGUAACCGGAGCAGGUUGUGAUAUAAGGUGCAGGAAGUUUAAAACGGUUCUGACAGACGAUGUCACACUACAUGAGAUUGCCUUUUUUUUUUUUUUUUUUUUUU